CACUGGAAGGGGGGUUGUUCCAAGCCCCAUCCUAGCUGAAACACUUCCAGGGAUGGGGCAGCCACAGCUUUUUCUGGGCAGUGCUAGAGCUGAUUUGUCCUUGGCGCUCCAGGGAGACACUUCCAGGGCUCCCUGCUCCCGGUGCAAGGGACGGGGGGGCCGGUGCACCGGGAGGGAUGCCACUCUGUCGGGAUUGCUGCACCCGGAAUUCCCAGCUCCGGCUCGAAGGAACCGGGAAGUCCCCGCGUCUCCUGCCGCUUCCUCCCGCUGGAAUAAUUGAGCGCUUCCUGCCCAGCCCCUCGGUUCCUGCCCAGCCCCUCGUGUGCCACCUCUCCCUUCCCGGCUUCCUUUUGCCUCUUCGGCAAAGGGGGAGCGGCAGGGGAGGCUGGCAGGACGGGCUUUUCCUGCUUUUCCUUUUGCUGCAGCGGAAUUUCGGGACAGGGUGCCUUGCUCCUGAUUAAAGGUUUCCUCUGCUGAGUGACCUGAGAUGGGAGCAGGGCACAGGCUGAGCCGGGUGUUCUGUGGUCGGAGAUGGGAAACUGAGGCCAAGGAAACUGGAAAUGGGGAAACUGAGGCCAAGGACCCUGGAGAGGAAAACGGAGGAUGUGGAAGUUGUAGAUGGAUAGAGAAACUGAAGUCGUGGAUGCUGUGGGUGGUUGGGGAAACUGAGGCUGUGGAGCUCAUCCCUGAGGAAUUAGAAACUCCGGAGAUCGGGGUUUUUGUUAAAAACGCCUCGUCAGAGUCCGCGGGUCGUUAAUAAUUCACAGGGAGCGUCUGGAUCCCGCGGGGCCGGAGCGUGUCUGUCUGUCUGCACGCAGGGAUGCGCCGGCUCCGCGGGAUGCUCCAAAUGGAGCUGGCAGCUCGGCUCGGGGAGCAUGCUGAUAGGAUUUUAAAAGCUUGAAUGACCUUAAAUCCUGCGAUGGCUGUCGCUCAGGAUAAAUUAUUUAUGUAGCAUCCUCAACUCCUCGGGAGCGGGCAGGAAUGUCAGGCUGUGGAGGGAGGACAGGGUUGGAAUUUGGGAGGGGGUAACGAGGAUCUGCGGGUUUGGAUGGGAAGAGAGGGAAGAUAAAGGCGCGGGGGCGGGUGUUGGAGAGGUCCAGCCUUGGAAGUCGUUCCCAAACCGGUGCGGCCGCAUUUCUGCACCGACAUCAGAGGGUGGAAAUUCCUCUUGAUCUGCAGUUCAAAGCCUCCCUGAGGAUGAGGCGCUGCAGCUCGAGCUUGCAAAUGUGAAAUACAAAUCCGCCCGGAGCCCAAAUCCCCCUGAAAAGCGAGGAAAUAGGCGGCUGAAGGUCACUGCUGCUGCCUGUCCUGCUCCAGCAGCAAUCCCCCCGGGAUGAACGGGAUGGGGGCUGCUGCUGGGGAGGGCGUUUCAAUUCCCUCCACAGCAAACAGGGACUUGAAAAAUGCCUGGAAAACGUGGCACGUCUCUCAGGCUGGGCUGGAUCUGCCCAAUCCUGCUGCUUUUAGGGGACAAGAGGCAGCUGAAUGUCAAGUUCUUGGGAUUUAGUAAUGUUUUGAUCCCUGGGUUGACAGGGAAGUGCUGGUCAAAUCACUGCCGAGGCGUCUGUGGCCAUGGUGGGCUCCAGCGUGUGGAACAGCAGCUGUGAAGCAGCUUUCCACAGGGUGACCUCGAUCUGCUGAUCUCUCCCUCCUCCCAAGGGACAGCUUUUCACACCUUGUUUUCCUUCUGCUUUGCUCAGAGCUUUCCUGAGGUUUGGAUUGGAAAAGCAAAGGCACUGUGUAAACCUGCCCCUCCUGCCUCAGCCCAGCUUUUAUCCACUGAUGUCUCUGGAUUCAGCUCUUCCCAGGCACUUCCCCUGAAAGCACAGGCAGCUGCCACUACAGCUUAUGGAGCCCUCAGAAGCUCUAAUGUGUCUUGGUGGAAGGGUCCUGGUAGAGAAGAACAAAGGAGAAGGGGUGCAGAGAAGUCGGAGCGUUGUUCACAGGCAUAGCUUCUGCCAGGCAUGAAGGGGUGCUGGGAGGAAAACUCCCCCCUUUUUUCUUUUCCUGGAGGAUUUAGCUCCUGUCUCCCUAAUCUAUAUCAGCUGGGUCUGUCUUCUUGCACAUGAAAGAUCCAGGCUGUAUUUCAAAGGCACCGUUCCCAGCCGGAGCUCUGAGCUUUUCCCAGCCGUGUGCUGAGUUCAGGGCCUCUCGAUUUUGGUUUUUCAAUGUGACCUUUGCUGUUAAUCCCCAGCCCGAACGGGGCCGUGCACCGAAAUGGAAUGACCUGUUUCUUGGGAAUUCAGCUCCAGUUUAUCCUCAAGCUGCUUUAGCUUAAACUCUUCUUUCCUCUCCCUCUUCUAGGUCAGAGCCUGGAUCUGAGUACAGGUUUUGCUCUAAGGGCACCUUAGAGGGGAGACAGUGACUCGUGAUCUGUUUGUAGAAAUACCCACCUUGUCCUGCAGGUCCCUGAGGGUUGUCCCUGUGGACUGUCUGGAACUUGUCACAGGGUGUGUGACAAGUCUCCCAGGUCACACAGAGACCCCAGCAGUGCUGGCCUGGCACGGGUGGCACUGGCUGGUUUGUGCCAGCCGACAAAUCCCUGUUUGUCUGUCUGUGAGAUGUGUUGCUGUCACAGGGGCCAGUGAGGGAAGUGUCACCCUGGGAGUAACCAGCUGGCACAGCAGCAGAGCGGGGACACAGCACGUGACAUUCCGGUGGGUCGGAAGGUGGUGGCCCUGGCAUCACUCCUGUGCUGGCUCAGGGCUGUGACACACGAGCCCGAGUCAGGAGUCUUGUUACCUGGCGUGUUCCACAGCUGGAUCCCUGCUAAUUCCCUCCGGCAGCUGAUCCAGCACGACCGGGGCUCUGCCCGGAGCCACUCGUGCCACCCUGGCCCUGUGAUCCCACUGCAGGUGGGAAGGAGCACAGGGAAAAGUGCUCCUGUUCCAACACGUCCCAGACGAGCACGUUCAGAGCCGUCUGUGAUCCUGCUCCAGUGGGAAAGGCUAAGGCUGGAUGGGUUUGCUGGGUUUUGUUCCUGACUGGAGUGUCCAGAGGGAUUGAUGGAUUUUGGAUCUUGGGUGGGAGGCCUUGAGCUUGGGCUGGGGCAAAGGAGCACCACCAGGAACUGGGAGUCUCAGGGACUUGGGAUAGAGGGAGGAAUGUCUUCCUUAUGAAGCUGUAGCUGAGGACUCCUCACAGGGUAGAAGAGCUGAUUUUAAUUAAAAGGAAGUUCAGGUAUUUCUUUCUUUCCCUGAACCCCAGAGCCAGUGGUUUGCCCGAGGGCAGGGGAGCUGCUGCUGUGGCCGCCGUGCUGUUGCUCCCUGUGUCCCGUUCUCACACCCUGGGAAUGUCUGACAGAAGAUGGACCUGUGUCCUGUGGGAUUAGGAAGUUGUAGUUUAUCUAGCAGGAGAUGAGUGGGAGAAGGGAUCUGGUUGUUAAUACCUGGUACAAACCUGAGUCAUAAAGGAACUUUCCCUGCAGUGGGGGCUGUUCCCGUGCCCUCUGUCACCUGCCCUGGAGGUCAGGGCUCUAAAAUCGGAAGUUUCAGGUGUGAAACUGCCCUGUCCUUUCCUCCUGUUGGUGGUGUGGUUCCCGUUAGUGACUGUGGAAAAGGUUUUCCUGUGGGAAGGACAUCUGUGGCCCAGAGAGAGACAUUUGUCUCCUGCCUCAGGGUCUGCCCUGAGCUCCUGAGACUCUCCAUGUGCAAGGCCUCCAGUCAUCACAUUCCUAUUCCCUGAGCCGGUGCUAUGGGAGUCCCUACCUGAGCACUGCUGUCAGUGGCACGAGGGCCUGUGACUUCCCAGUGAUUCAGGUUCCCCUUCCUGUCCCCAGUCCCUCUGUGUUCUGUCUCCAGUGUCGACCAGAGUUACCGGGCCCCGUGGAGCCCCGGGAGCUGUUCCAGGCAUGAGUGCCCAGGCCUGUCCCCAGCACUGAGACCCCGGAGCCUCCAGGAUGCCGAUCCCUCCUCCCCCGCCGCCGCCCCCCGGCCCCCCACCACCCCCCAGCCUCAGUCAGGCGAACACGGAACCGCCGAAGCUGAGCCGAGAGGAGCAGCGGGGCCGUGGGGCCCUCCUGCAGGACAUCUGUAAAGGGACCAAGCUCAGGAAAGUGACCCAAAUCAAUGACCGGAGUGCACCCAUCCUGGAAAAGCCCAAGGGCAGCGGCGGCAGCAGCUACGGCUCCGGCUCAGCUGCCAUCCAGCCCAAGGGCGGCCUCUUCCAAGGCGGCGUUCCCAAGCUCAGACCUGUGGGAGCCAAGGACAGCUCAGACAGCUCCACUAAACAAACACUACAAGUCCCUGGCUCUAGAGCAGCUGCUCCCAGGCCCCCCGUGCCGGCCAACAACAGCCGCCCUCAGGACGAUGCCGACAGCAGCCGGGGCUCCCCACCGGAACUGCCGCGCACGCAGAGGCCCUCCCUGCCUGACCUGUCCCGGCCCGGCACCGCCGGUGGCACCGGCAUGAAGCACAGCUCCUCGGCCCCGCCGCCCCCACCGCCAGGACGCCGCGCCGCCGCCCCCCCGGCCCCCCCUCCAGCGCACGCCAAGGCCUCACCCUACAACCGGGAGAAGCCGCUGCCGCCCACCCCAGGACAGCGCCCGCCCGGCAGCAGGGACGGACCCCCCGCCCCUCCACCCAUCAAACCCCCUCCUUCCCCUGUCAGCCUCCGCUCGGGCACUCAGGGCCAGUCUCUCGCCCCCCCGCCUCCCCCUUACCGGCAGCCCCCCGGUGUCCCCAACGGCCCCUCCAGCCCCAGCAGUGAGUCGGCCCCGGAGCUGCCGCAGAGACACAACUCCUUGCACAGGAAGGCACCGGGCCCUUUGCGGGGUCUGGCGCCGCCGCCGCCCACUGCUGCCUCCCCAUCCCUGCAGAGCAGCCGCCCCCCACCGCCAGCCAGAGACCCCCCGAGCCGUGGAGCAGGAGCAUCCCUGGGCCGCGGUCUGGCGCAGCAGCUGGCCUGGAACGCUCCGGGGGAUGUCCCUGGCUUUGCCCCGGGAAUGCCGCGCUCGGCGCUGACCCCGCUGUCCCCGCAGCUCCGCCGCCCCCGCCGCCGAUGCUGCGGAACGGAGGGCGCGACGCCCCCCCGCCCCCCCCCCCCUACAGACUGCACGGCCCCGCCGAGCCCCCCAGCCGGGGGAAGCCCCCGCCACCACCCACCCGGACCCCGGCCGGGCCCCCGCCGCCGCCGCCGCCCGUGCGGAACGGGCACCGGGACUCCAUCUCCACCGUCAGAGCAUUCCUGGAUGACUUUGAAUCCAAAUACUCCUUUCAUCCCGUUGAAGACUUCCCAGCCCCAGAGGAAUAUAAAUACUUCCAGAGAAUCUACCCCAGCAAAACAAACAGAGCUACGCGUGGGGCUCCCCCUCUGCCCCCCAUCCCCAGGUGAAAGCGGGCUGUGCGGGUGGAUUGUUCCAGAGCAGAGACAUGGAGCUCCUUCCCCUUCCUCAGCCGGACCCCCCCAGCUCCCAGCGCCCUGGAUCCUGCAUGACACACUCCCAGCCUCUCCGGUUUUCCCAGGACAAGUGGAUCCCCCCCAGUGCAGCGUGCUCUGCCAGCCCCACCUCAUCUAUGCACCCCCCAGGAGUCAGUGACCUCGUGGCAAGCCUGGAUGGGUCCAUCCCUCAUUCCUCCUCAUGGAUCCUGGGUCGGGAUCUGCCUGGGAGCCGGGCACGGGACUUGAGGCCAAGCCGUGUGCUGGCUGUUGGGACCAGGGGGGCUCAUGGAGGGAGGGCUGGGGUCAGGCAGGGAAUGGACACGCUGUGAGACCCCCCCAGAGCGAGGGGAAGCAGGGACGGGCCAGCAGAGCCUCGUGAUCCUGGUGGAACCUUGUUAUCCCAGCACAGCCCAUUGCUUUUUUGCACAAGAGCCAGUGGAGGCAGGGGGGAACAUGAUGGGACCACGCAGGGACACCCCAACAGCUGGUGGGGACCCCCUUUCUGAGACCCCCUUUCUCUGACCCCACAGGGGUGGCACCCCCAUGUGCCCCCCUCAAAACCACUGCUCCCCUGGCACUUCCCCCUGGCAUUCCCCUGGCUCUCACUGCUGCCUCCCCCCACACUUGAGCAUUUUAACAAGAAAACACUAAUUACAUGUGGGGGGCGGGGGCGUUUGUGCUGGGUCUGGCACACCAGGGGGCACGUGGGGGGCCCUGGGGCCGGUGAUGUUUUUGCCUUACACUCCCUGUCCGACGGGGGGGGGGGUCACACUAACGUAGUUACUGAUCUCUGUACCAUAGCAGGAAGGGCACGGGGUGUGGGGGGGCCACCCCUGCAGGUGGGUUUUGGGCUCAUUCAGGGGAUUUUUUUUUUUUUCUAUGAUGAUGGACCUUCCCCUGUUGAGGCUGGAGUGAGGUGGGUGAGGGGUGAGCGGGGGGUUUCUCUGGAAAUGAGCCCCCCCCAGCGCUGCCCUUUGGGUUAAAUAAAGGUUCAAUACGGUUCUGCCCCUCCUGGAGCAAGGGGCCCUUUUAAAAGGGAACAGAGGAAUUUGGAGGAGCUGGAAAUUACAUUUAAAUAAAAGUAAUAAAGUGAUUAAUGAUGUCAAGGA